CCAGUUGUCUCCAGCAUGGGGGAACAGAACCAGUCUCCUGGGAAUGAGCUUCAGCAAUGGACUCAAUCAGAGACUCCUGGAAAGAAAAGCUGGCACUCCCAGGCCUACGCCCUUGGGGCCAUUUCCAAUUUUAUGUCUACUUUUCUGACCUUUCCUAUUUACAAGGUUGUGUUCCGGCAGCAGAUCCAUGCUGUGGCAGUGUCGGAGGCUCUGCGACAGCUUUGGCAUGAAGGCCCCCAGUACUUCUACCGGGGAAUCUACCCACCUCUUCUCUCCAAGACGUUGCAAGGGACUCUACUGUUUGGGACUUAUGAUAGCCUGCUGUGCUCUCUCUCCCCAGAUGGGCCACACUCCCUGAGACACCGCUGGGCUGCAGGGCUCAUGUCUGGUGUUGUCGAGGCUGUGGCACUCAGCCCCUUUGAAAGAGUACAAAAUGUGCUCCAGGAUGGUCGCAAGCAAGCUCGCUUUCCUACCACCUUCAGCAUUCUCAAGGAAUUCAACUCUUACGGGCUUUGGGGGCGGCUGUCACUAGGCUACUAUCGUGGUUUCUGGCCUGUUCUUCUCAGGAACAGCCUGGGGAGUGCUUUGUAUUUCUCCUUCAAGGACCCUAUCCAGGAUGGCUUGGCAAAGCAAGGCCUACCCCACUGGGUUCCUGCCUUGGUGUCUGGGAGUGUCAAUGGAACGAUCACCUGCCUAGUUCUCUAUCCUCUGAUUGUGCUGGUUGCCAAUAUGCAGUCCCACAUUGGCUGGCAGAGCAUGCCCAGCCUGUGGGCCUCUGCCCGGGAUAUGUGGGACACUCGGGGACGAAAAGUGUUCCUGAUUUACCGUGGAGGCUCCCUCGUCAUCCUAAGGUCCAGUGUAACAUGGGGCCUCACUACUGCUAUCCAUGACUUCCUUCAGAGAAAGUCUCAUUCCAGGAAAGAGCUGAAAGACUGA